AUCAGGCAACUCUAAAAAUCGGCCGCUCUCUUCAAUGUGAUUGUCUCUUAAAUUUCAAUGUCAAUUUACUUUUCAGUUGUGUUUAUUUUGUGAAUUAACAUCGAAAAACAAAAUAUAGCGUUGAAUAAUUGCAGUCAUUAAAGAUACAAAAGUGAGCACUACUAGAAGACAAGAGCAGCUAAAAAAGUUUACUGAGUUAUUUGCAAAAAUGGCAUUUAAUUCAGCCAACAUUAUGCUACGCAUAAAAACACCGCCAGUGACCUUGGCAAUGGUCGCUUGUCUGCUACUCGUGUCCUUGACACCCACCAAAGCCGCAGAAGUGAACUAUAAACCCAACAUUUUGCUAAUACUAAGCGAUGACCAAGACAUUACACUGGAGGGCCUGACCCCCAUGCGGCAGGCGCAAAAGUUGAUCUCAAAAGCCGGUGCUCAAUUCAGUCAUGCGUACACCAGCUCACCACUCUGUUGCCCCUCCCGCGCUAGCCUACUAUCUGGCAUGUAUGCGCACAAUCACGGCACUAUCAACAACACCAUUAACGGUGGCUGCAAUGGCCACCAUUGGCAUACAGAAAUUGAGCCACGCGCACUACCUGUGCUGCUACAAGACGAUGGCGGCUACGAGACUUUUUUCGCUGGCAAAUACCUAAAUGAGUUUCAUGGUGAACGCAAGCCGCCGGGCUGGACACAAUUCUAUGGCUUACAUGGCAACUCUCGCUACUACAACUACACUUUACGUGAGAACGAACGAAAUGUUAGCUACACUGACACUUACUUAACGGAUCUAUUGCGCGAUAAGGCAUUGAGAUUUCUGAAAUCACGCAAUAAGCAGCAGCCAUUUUUCGCAAUGAUCGCGCCGCCAGCGCCCCAUGCACCGUACACUCCCGCAGAACGACACCGUGGCGCAUUCGCAAAUGUGAAGGCGUUACGCACGCCCAACUUCAAUCGCGUACCACUGCCACAAGAGAAGCACUGGCUUGUGGCAGCAACGCGCUCUAUGCCGAAUGAAACAAUGAAAUUACUAGACAGCUACUACCGCCAACGCUGGGAAACGUUGCUGGCCGUGGACGAAAUGAUAGCCGCUAUAAUUCAGACAUUGGAUGAUCAGCGCCAGUUGGACAACACCUACAUCAUUUACACAUCAGAUAACGGUUAUCACAUGGGUCAAAACGCGCAACCAUGGGACAAACGGCAACCCUAUGAAACCGAUAUACGCGUGCCGCUGCUGCUGCGCGGACCUGGAAUAUCACAGGGCGUUGUAGUGUCACAACCCACAUUGCUGCUAGAUUUAAUGCCUACAAUAUUGCAGUGGACGACACUGCAUGCACACACAACGUUGGACGGGUUGCCAAUACAGGCAGCCAUGCAACAAAUAAGCGAUGACAAACAGUUGAAAGAAUACCGGCGCAGUAUGUUGAUACAGCAUUGGGGUGAAGGCAACGCUGAAACUUAUAAUCGCGACUGUCCAUGGUCGCGCAAAGACCACUUGUCGCAGUGCACGCCCGAAGCGGAUUGUCACUGUCAGGAUGCUUGGAAUAAUACGUAUGCAUGUGUCAGGCAAUUUAGAGACAAAACUGAUCGACUGUUUUGCGAAUUCAAUGACAGAGAGAAUUUCGUUGAAGCAUACGAUGUAAACGAUGAUCCGCAUCAAAUCAACAACAUCGGCUAUGAUUUGCUGCCAAUUGAGCACGCCUUUUAUAGUUUGGCGUUGGUGAAUUUGACACGCUGCGCUGGCAGCCAAUGCAAUGAUAUCAACAUUUGAACGUCGAAUCACAUUGAGGCGCACAAAAUGAUCUCGAGUUGUGAUUAAAUUUCGCAUAAACUUUCAGUAUAGCACAUUUGGGUAAACCCGUAAGUCGUCGUUAUUUAUUGUCUAUAUUUCACCAAAUUUGCUUUAUUGUUAAAACUCGAAUAAAAAAAAAAGAGAAACACUAAUGUAUUUUUUUUUUUGCUGAUGGUGCUGCUGACCGCAUGGAAAAGUACAAUCACUGACAUAUUCAGCUUUAAAACUAUGUAAUUUUAUUAAUUGUAAUGUUUAUAUAUGUUGGACUUCGUUUCAUGUGAUAUAUCAUGUCACUUCAUUUGAUUUAUGUCCUUAAAAACUGAACGUAAUCAUAGUAGUUAAAUUAAUUUAUUUUUAAGUUAAUGCUUCCAUAGAUAUUAUUGUAUGAUUUCACUUGAUGGUUUUUCAAACCGUAUUACUGAAGUUAUUUAAACAAAAUGAACUGUAUUAAAAAAAGUAAAGUACUAAUAACUCAAUUUAAUUAUGAUUCAGUUUGCGCCGCAGCUUAUUAAAAAAAAUGAGAACUAUAUUACUACGCGAACUAGCUUAAAGAGAAACAGUGAAAUUACUACAUAAAGUAUGUAUAUUUUCGAUUGAAUUGCAACUUGAACGUUUGAAUAAAAACGAUCUUUAUUUUUGUUUAAACACUA